AUGAAAGGAAAGAUCCUCAUCAAGAUACUGAAUUCUGGUCGUUUUGACUCCUCUUCCUCUCUGUUGUGGUGUGAGCCGACUCUGCAGUCCUGUCAAGGCUAUGGGGAGCUCAAGCAGGGCAGGCAGGUUGUCAGGUUCGUGGUAGAAUGCAAGAAGGCUCAGCCCAAGGAGGUGAUGUUCCCACCGGGUACGCGAGGCAGGGCCAGGGGCCUGCCCUACACCAUGGAYGCCUUCAUGCUGGGGAUGGGCAUGCUGAGUUACCCAAACAUUGUAGCAACGUACGGCCGUGGAUACACUGGUUUUGCCCCAAGCUACAGCUACCAAUUCCCUGGCUUCCCAGCGACGGCGUAUGGACCGGUGGCGGCAGCGGCAGUGGCGGCAGUGCGUGGCUCAGGUAGGGGGGCCCGUGGAAGAGGUGGCUACAUGGCAUACCAGCAGAACGCAGGGGCAGGGUUCCCAGAUUAUGGGUUCUAUUCCGGGGCCGGGCCCAGUGACCUGCGGGGGCCGCCCUGCUCCUUUGCCGACUUUGGCUCCCUGGGGCCCCAUGCUGCUCAGAUGCUACAGCACAGUGAGCAUCAUGCCACCUCCGCCUGCAACUCCCCCCUCCAGCACCACCUGCAGCACAGCCCGGACCCCUUUAAGAGCCCAGGCACCAACCAGGCCAGGCCCGGAGCCUUCCCCGGCACCAACAGUCCCGGGCCCGUGGCUGACCUCUAUGGCACUCCCAGCCAGGACUCCGGUGUGGGCAACUACAUUAGUGCUGCUAGCCCACAGCCUGGCUCUGGCUUCGGCCACAGCAUUGCUCAGAGUAUUUCAGGAGGCCCGGGGAAGACCGGGCGGAGUUUUUAACUGGCUAUGUGAACAGGUGAUGCCAUCCAACGCCAAGCACUACAGCAUCAACCCACAGGAGGAGAGUGGAGGUGGCACCACGUGAAGAAGAACUGAAGAAAAUGUCAAAAUCAUCUCAGAAAAAUAAACUACAAUCUGCUGUACUAUAAUCCAAACCUGGCGUUCACAUCCUUAAUAUCCAACUGUAACCUAGUACCUUUGUGUAGGAUUUAGGUGUUUUUUUGUCCUUUAAAUGUUCCUUAUUUUAAAUCUGUUUAGUUUAUGUUCAUUAUUUUCUUUGUAGUCUUCAAAUUAAUAAGGGAAGAUUAAUUCUAAUUUUAAUUUACUCCAAUAUUUUUGAUCCUCUCUGAAAUUAGUAACUAUUUAUGUAAACUGGCUUAUUUCAUUUUUUUGUUUUUGAUUGCUAUGUUGCUAUGUUUGUUUGCUUUUAUGAAAAAAUGCAGGUGUCAGUUUGCACAUACAAGAAAACUGACAUGAACUGAUGAGGCCUGAAGAAAGGCGGUGUUAAUUCAAUUUAAAAAGAGUAACUAAUAAAUCUUAGUAGCUUUUUUUUGUUUAUUUUAAUGUUGUUAAUUACCUAUUUUGGGCAAUAAGAGGACUACAAUAUUUUCACAGUCCUUUUUUACAAAUGUUUUUGUUGUCAGGAAAAAAUAACCUUUCCUUUUAAUACUUUGUGAAUUCAGAUUUUAAGAAAAAUAUAACUGUAAAUAUUAUUCAAGUCACUGCAUAUAAUCGUUUCAGAGAGAACCAUAUUUUUGUGAUGGUUCAUCAUAAAAGGCUGUAAUGUGCAAGAGCGCAACUGUCAAAGACGAGGACAUUUAAUGCUCUUAAGUCGUAUCAUAAUCCAUUUGUAGCACAAAAUGCCAUGAUAACCCCACUCGAUCCUACAAGAACACUGUUGGCUUGCUCUGUAAAUACUGUUGUCUUUCUGACUGUGCUAAUGUCAUACCAGCAUACUGUUCUGUCUUCUACAUAGUGAGCUCAAAAGUGCACAGCUUCUAAAAGAUGACACAAGGUUAACACUGGACAAUGCUACACAAUGUCUCUCAAAGAGGACACCAGCCCAACUUCUUCUAGACUCUCGCAAGUGAAAGGCUACUGUAUCUGUGACUGAAGUCAAUACUAUAUAAAAAAAA